CUCCGGCAAAGAUAGAUCAUAUGUCGCCGUAUUUUCUGGGACCACAGGACCGGCCGGGUGACUUCAUCACCCCGGUCCGUCUUACUAGCAACAAUUACGAUGAUUGGUCGAAUGCUAUUAGACUAGCCUUGCGUGCGAGACGUAAGUAUGUGUUCGUGGACGGAAGUAUUGACAAACCAGCGCCUCCUUGUACCGAAGAGGAUUGGCUUACAAUCCACUCGAUGAUUGUGUCGUGGCUUUUAAACACGAUAUCGCCGGAAGUUAAAAGUACUCUUUCUCGCUACGAGAACGGUGCCCGAUUGUGGAACGAUCUCAAGGAGAGAUUUUCAUCCGUUGAUGGGCCGAGGAUCCACCAAGUGAAGGUUGAUUUGGCCAGAUGUGUGCAGACCAAGGGAAUGACAGUUGGGACCUAUUAUGCAAAACUACAAACACUUUGGGAUGAUUUGAACAAUUAUGAGCCAUUGAUUGCUUGUAAGUGCAACAGGUGUACUUGCGAUGUUCUGGGACAGCAUGAAAAACGAAGGGCCUCAGAACACUUGCAUCAAUUCUUAAUGGGUUUAUACACUGAUUUUUUUGGUCACACCCGAUCCCAAUUGUUGGCACAGACACCCUUGCCAUCUCUUAAUCGAGCUUACCAGCAGAUGACUCAGGAAGAGCGUGUGCGUGGGUUCGUACAAGCACAGGAUGAUAGGCCAGAAGUAUUGGGGUUUGCUGUACGAACUGAAGGUAAAGGCGCUGGACGAGGAAUGAAACUGGACAAGUCAAGCUUAAUUUGUUCUUAUUGCAAAUUUUCGGGACAUGAAGUCACGAAUUGUUUUGAGCUCCAUGGAUACCCGGACUGGUGGGGGGACAGACCCCGGGCUGGAAUUAAAGGCGGUGGCCGCGGCAAACCCAAUACUCCUGGAGCACCUCGCGGAAAACAACCGGUCAAAGCACAUGUUGCUGCAGCCUCUGAAAACUUAAACAAAUCACAAAAAGAUGGUGAAAGCAGUAGCGGUUUGACAACUCCGUUGCCAGGCUUCUCAGCCGAGCAAUGGAAAUCUUUACUUUCUUUUUUUGGUAAUUCAUCCCCUUCCAAUGAUCGCAUGGCCGGACCGUCUCUCGAGGAAGCUGAUUGGGACGGGUGAACGAAGGAAUGGACUGUACUAUCUGCGGGAGGAACCUUCAACUCAAGUUUUGGCAAUAAAGGAAUCCAAGAAUGUUGGGGCAGAAUUGUGGCAUCAAAGGCUUGGUCACCCAUCUCCACUUGUACUUGAAAAAUUGGCUCCAGCUGUAAGUGGUUUGAAGAAUUUCGGAGGUUUACCGUGUGAUAUUUGUUUUAAAGCUAAGCAAACUAGAGACUCUUUUCCUACAAGUUUGAAUAAGGCUCAUGCCAUUUUUGAGUUGAUACAUUGUGAUUUAUGGGGUCCAUAUAAUACCCCUUCUUCGUGUGGUGCUAGAUUUUUUCUGACAAUAGUAGAUGAUUACUCCCGUGCCGUGUGGGUUUAUCUCCUUCUAGAUAAAAAGGAAGUCUUUAAAAUGUUCUUUUCUUUUGUUGCUAUGGUGGAGCGCCAAUUUUCCAAGAAAAUUGUUACUGUGAGAAGUGACAAUGGUACUGAAUUUAAUUGUUUGAAA